GAUUUGUCGGUUAUGUGGUUAUGGCAUACCGGUAGCAACGUCGACGCCAUUUUAAGGAGUGUUAGUGUCUAAAGAUGCAGUUGUUCCUGUAUUCGUUUUAAUUAAUCGAGUGAGAGUAAAGUUGACGUAUUAUUAUAAUAUUUCAACAAAAUGACGCAAUUUUUACCUCCGAAUUUACUUGCGCUUUUUGCUCCUCGCGAUCCAAUACCUUAUUUGCCACCAGCCAGCAAGCUUCCACACGAAAAGAAGAAUGGAGGAUAUAUUGGCGUUGGAGCAUUUCUCAAAUAUUUUGAGGAUCCGAAAGAUACCCCACCACCUGUACGCGUUGAAACUCGAGAAGAACGUUUGGAACGCCGUAGGAGAGAACGUGCCGAGCAAGUUGCUUAUAAGUUAGAACAAGAAAUAGCAGUAUGGGAUCCUGCUGGUAUUCCAAACGUGACUGCGGAUCCUUUUAAAACUUUAUUUGUAGCAAGAAUAAAUUAUGAUACAUCGGAAUCAAAGCUUAGGAGGGAAUUUGAAGUCUAUGGACCGGUAAAAAAGAUUGUGGUAAUUCAUAAUACAAUAAAUGGCAAACCUAGGGGAUAUGCUUUCAUUGAAUAUGAGCACGAAAGAGACAUGCACUCGUGGUGGCCGCUGCCGGCAACUAGUGCCGUUCACUAUUCCAUGCAAUCCCUGAACCUGCCUGAUAUGAUAGCUGCGUAUAAGCAUGCCGAUGGUAAGAAAAUAGAUGGUCGCAGAGUGUUGGUUGACGUGGAGCGUGCAAGAACGGUAAAAGGGUGGCUCCCUCGACGACUUGGUGGUGGUCUAGGUGGUACUCGCAGAGGUGGACCUGAUGUGAAUAUAAAGCACUCCGGUAGGGAAGAUAACGAAAGAGAAAGAGAACGAUAUCGUCUCGAGCGAGAGAGGGAAACCUCAGGACGAGGGUUGGACAGGGACAGGGAUCGUGAUCGUUUAGACAGAGAACGCAGAAGGUCACGCGAUCGUAAACGAAGAUCAAGGAGUAGGUCACGCGACCGAAAACGUAGACGUAGUCGAGAUCGUUUACCGGAUCCUGACAUUGAGGAAAUUCAAAGAGACGAACGACCACGCGACAGAAGAGAUCGCGAUCGUGAUCGAGAUCGUGAUCGAGAUCGUAAAAGGAGUAACGAUCGUGAUCGCGAUCGCGAUAGGGAUAGGAAGAGAAAUAAGAGAGACAGAGAUCGUGAGCGCAGGGAUAGAAAAGAUCGUGGUGAUCGUCAAGACGAAGAUACCAAGGAAAUUCGUAUUAAGGAAGAACCUUUGGAUGAUUAUCCCGAUUAUAGUAACACGUUUUCAACGUCAGGAUCGUAUUUCACCGCGGUCAAGUAUGAAGAUGAUAACGAUCAAGAAGUCGAAGAAAAAUAUAGAAUUCCCGAAGGUCGCCCUGAUCCACCCCCAUACAAUAAUUACGACUCUGUACAAGAUUAUUGAUCUCAGUAAUAUGCCUUAUGACGUUUUCUCUCUGCCCGCGACGAAUCGAUGCGACCAUCAAUAAUGUUAUAUUGUAUUUCCUAUUGUUAUUAGUGUAAUGCUGUACUUACCGCAUUUGAGUACCGAAUUGUAUAGUGGAAUGGAAAAUUAAUGACCAGAUAUUCUAUUGGCAUAUUGCAAGGUAAGCAGCUUUGAUCUACGUUUAUAAUUAGCCGUUCCUUGGUAAUUAAUUUAGAAAUAUAUAUUUUUCGUCGUUGGAACGAAAGGUAAAAUUCCAUUGAAAUUUUUAAGAUUGGAAUGUAUUAAAUACAAUAUUCUAGCAGUUCAAACAGAACCUCGCAAUAUGGAACACACACAGAAGUUCAUAAACGUUUUCAACCUUAUUGCUACCACGAAUAAAAGUACUGUCACUCGCUGUAUUUGUACAUACAUAAUAUGAGUAUAUGGAUGAAUUGAAA